GUUCAUUGAACAAAAGACGAACAAAUCUUUCGAAGCAAAAAUGCAAUUUUCCAUAUAUUUUGUCAUUUAUUGGUCGUUACUUGAAGCUAGUUUGCUGUCGCUUACACAAUGACACAGUAAAGGCAUUUUUCCCAUUCUUUCAUUUCUAAAUAACCCCUGCUCCGAAAGAUGGCAGAUGGAAAUGGGAAUUGCCCGCCAAAUGAAGAAGACACGGGGGUGUCAAUGGUUGACGUUUUAGAAGAGGAAGAGCAACUAGAAGCAGAUGCAAAUGCAGUGCUGGGAGAUAGCGAUGAUAAAAACUGCACAUAUGAAUCGGGCUAUGUUCCGCGGCAGGCAGUGUAUGCCUGUGCCACCUGUACUCCUGCAGUACCUGAGGGCAGCCAGCCUGCAGGGAUAUGUCUAGCCUGUAGCUACGAGUGCCAUGAGGGACAUAGCUUGUGGGAGUUGUACACUAAAAGGAAUUUUAGAUGUGAUUGUGGCAACAGUAGGUUUCCAGAUUUUACGUGCAAACUAUUUCCAAACAAAGAGAGUGUCAACCCAGGCAAUACGUACAACCAGAACUUCAGAGGGGUGUACUGUACCUGUUCCAGACCUUACCCUGAUGUAGAGGACAGUGUAGAGGAUGAGAUGAUUCAGUGUGUCAUCUGUGAGGACUGGUAUCAUGGAAGACACCUGGGCACUUCUCUGCCUCAGAAUCAGGAUUUCAUGGAGAUGAUUUGUGAUGGAUGUAUGAAGAAAUGUGACUUCUUGUGGCCAUAUGCUGUACAUAGUGUUGAAGUCACACAGAUUGAGAAAGCUGACACAUCAGUUGGUGUAGAUGUGGAGACAGUUCAAGCUGGCAGCACAGAUGCUGACACUAUUGGAACCAAAUCAGAAUACCAUAAAACUGAUGCCACAGGGUCAGGAAGUCAGACAGCUGAGAGAAAAGAGUCAGAAAACCAGACAGUUGAAGCUUUAAAGCCACUUUCACAAGAACACACAAAUGUCGAAGCUAAAAUUGAACAGAAAAAUGGGCAGUGUUCAGCCAACCUGUCUGAGUCUUCUUCUCCUUCGUGUAAACUCCAGGAGUUGCAACAAAGAGACAUUCCGCGCACUGCCUCUGGUGCCACCUACUGGCCAAAUGGUUGGAGGGCCAAACUGUGUCUUUGUAAUGAUUGCACAAAACUGUAUGAAGAAAAACAAGUGCCAUUUCUCCCAGAUGAAGGAGACACUGUACAUGCAUAUGAAGAAAGGGGGCGCGGGAAGGAGCCCGGGCAGUCCCAGUAUGACCGUGGCUUGAAUGUACUGUCCAGUAUGGGUAGAAUACAGCAAGUGGAGGUCCUAAGAGGAUACAAUGACAUGAAGGAAGAGCUGACAGAUUACUUAAAGAAAUUUGCAGAUAAUGGAAAGGUGGUGCGUGAAGAAGACAUAAGAGAAUUUUUCACAGAACUUCAAAAGAAGAAGCGGCAGCGUGUGGAGGGACCUCCCCAGUUCCACUGCAAAUGAAAGCCUCUUUUCUAAGCAAAAUUGUUGGACUUCCACACUGGAUGUAAUCUCAUUUACAUCUGUAAUUUAAACGUAAUCCAGAAUCUUUGAAAAAGAUCACUUUCAAUCACUUUUUGAAAACUUUUCUUCGUCAUAACAGUUGCAAAAAUAUUCCAAAGAACACUAAUUUUCUUUUCAAUAAUCA